ACUUCAAAGCGAUCGCGAAAAUCGCGACUUAUUUCGCGAGAAUCUUAGCGAUCGCGUAGCGCGUUCGCGGCGCGAAUUUUUAUCGCGAGUCGCGCCGCGACUUCAGCGUGACAGUCUACCUGGGGAAAGAAAAAACAAAGGCGAGGCAAUUUUUUUAAGAAAAAUAAAACAAAUUUCGAUUGGUACAUUCGAUUGUUUCCAAUGAAAGGAAGAAUCACAUUUGCCAACUUAUUUACUUAUUUUAUUGAUUCCUUGUGAUAAUCUGGGUCUCGUUAGAGAAUUUGCUGUGAACUUUGCUUUUUUAUGUUUUCUGUUUAGUUCAACCACAUAAUUAUUUUCGCUCUGUUGAAUCAUGGGUAACGGAAAAAAUGUUGGCAUGCCCGAAACAAUAUUCAUAUCUGAUCGUGGUGGCUGAAAACUAUUUGAUUUGAUAUCGGGAUGAAAUGAAUCGAUGACAUGUCGAUUUUGACCUGACGGGUGGUAAAGACAGAAGAUAAUUUUGUGGCUGAAUGGGCAUUUGAGAAUAUCAUCAUACUUCUUUCAUCAGAACGAAGAAUAGUGACAUGUGUGUUCGAAGUGCACUACCGUCCCCAUACAGAUAGAGAUAAGCUCUCAUUUUGUAGCCAGUGGAUGGUGAAUAGAUACUCAUUUUCGCUCAACCUGUGCGUCUAUCAUUUUAUCCGAGAUAUUUGUUACUUUCCACGUAAAAGUACUAUCAUACGACGUGGACUCAAAAGAAUUGACUUUUUCUUUGAUGCUUAAUAAUUCUUGCUGAAAUAUUUUCUUUUGCCACAGACAUGUAAUUACUUUGUUUGGACAACUAUGUUCAUCUAUUGCAGCCAAUGUCGAAAAUAUUUCUUAACAUGAUUCACAGGCAUAAGUCGAGUGUUCAUUGUCUGAAUGAUUCUGAGAGUGAGAGGACUAUAUAGAGAGGGGUCCUAUAUCGGGAUCAUAUUCAAUUAUUCAAACAUAAUUUCAUUUUAUAUGAGUAAAACUAAAUUCGACACCAGGAUAUGAUCUCCUCAAUAAAGAUGUGGUUCAUCAUAAAUAUAUAUACGCAAACUGUAGCUGAUAAUACGAAAUUCCUAUCAGUUAGCAUGUGGCGAUAGAGUAUGCCAAGAAUGUCUCCCAGUUCUCAAAAAGUAAGAUGAGAAAAAUUUCGUAAUAUCUCUGGUUAGGUCAGAUUCGAUUUUAUUCUCUAGAGACGACACAAUGUUGAAAUAUCCAGAAUGUGGAGAAACAGAUCGCACUUCCGAUGUACGUGAUAUUUUUUCAUUUAUUUCCUGUUGAACUAAUUAAGAUAUGCGACUAUUUCAGUGUAUAAUUGAUAAAGGUUUUGCAAGAGAAGUAAAUCAAUUAGAUGUCACAUCAUUGAAAGAAGAGUAAAUGUACUUUUGAUCAUCAAAAAAAGAUACUUUUGAUCACGAAACGCCUUUAGAUACAGAUGAUCACCAAAGAAAGAUACUUUUGAUCAUCAAAUUUUCCAGCAUCACAUUUUUAUACAUAUAAAUAUAUAAAUUUUAACAAAGACAAUAUUUUCACAGUGUUAUUUACAUUUAUUUACAAAUUUAAAGCUGGUUGAAUAUGUGUAGUCAAAUUUCUUUAUCUCUUCUUUAUUCAUUCAUUAUAUCAGUCAAAUUUCACCAUCUCUUCUCUGCUUCUUCUUAUAUAUAUACGCUUAAAGUUUAUUCAUUUGUAAAAAUAUCAGCAUCAAACUGGAUUCUAUUAAGUAUAGUAAAUUUACUUGAUGAUGUUAAAGCUGUUGCUAAAUCAUAUGGUGUAUGUCAAUGUCGAACAAAUAAUCUGAAGAAUCAUACAAAAUACUCUUUUAAAUGCUCUCAAUAUCGUAAAUAUCCAUUAUGUGGUUAUGAACUCAAGGCAACUGUACCAGAUGACGAUCUAAACUCGAUUACGGUAAUGUUCAGAGAUGCUCACAACCAUGACGAUCGAAGCCAGUCAUCUCGUUUACCAUCUCCAGUACGUCAAUCAGUUCCAAAAUAUGUUGGUAUUGGUUUAACAGAAGCUCAAAUUCGUUCGUCAGUUUCAGUUGAUCAUCGCCCUGAAAUCUUCUCAGUUUACGAUUUUCGUAAACUUUCAUCGAAUUGCUUUUUACUCAUAUAA